AUGGCGGAUCAGAAGAAGACGCCCAAGGAGUCACACGAGGAGAAGAGGACGAUUCCGCCGUUUGACGGCAAGGACUACGAGGUCUGGCACGAGCGAGUCAAGCUCAAGCUGGAGAGGAAGAAGCUGUGGAAGUACUGCAUGGAGGACUUGCUCGAGCCGGACGAGAGCAAGGAGGCAGAGGGGCACGCGACGUGGACGAGCGAGAUGGCCCACGCCAAGGAGAUCAUCUACGACGCAAUGACGAAUCACAUAAUGAAGACUGUGAAUCGUUGUCUGUAUGAAUCCACCCCGUUUCGUGUCAUGGAGCGCCUGAAAAAGAGAUUUAUGGGCAAGACGUACCUGAAGUACGCUGAGGAGAGGGCCAAGCUCAGUCGGCUACGGCUCGCUCCCAACGGCAAUGUGCCAGAUCACGUGAGCGAGAUGCGUCGGCUGAUGGAGACCAUUGCUGGAGUCGGGCGUCCUGUGGACGAAUGGCUUACGACCAUCGCCAAGGUCGGAAAGCAGAGGGCGCCAAGGACAAUGAUGAUGAAGAAAAGGCGUUCUUUGCUGGUGGAGGAAGAGGUUGAGGACGUGGUCGCGGCCGUGGACGUGGUGGUCGAUCUGGAGGACACGGGCGCGGAUCCGGUGGUGGACGUGGUUCUGGCGGUCGCGGGAGCCAAGGUGGUGGACGUGGAACUGGACGUGGCCAAGCCGGCAGUGGACAAAAGCCAGGUGGUGCUUGUUAUCACUGCCAUGAAGCAGGGCAUCAUGUGUUUGAUUGCCCGUUUCUUGGCAAGCGACCUCCAGCCGAGGAUCGCAGCAGCACCCGAGCUCAGAAGCGCGUGA